AUGGCUCAGCUCGGGCUCGUUCCAGCGGGUGCUGCCAUGUCGAUCAUUCGCAACCAGUCGAAUCCUUCCACCAAUACUUCUACCAUUGGCGCAACAUUCCCCGGACAAGCCAACAAUAUUGCCAACGGCAGUGGCAAUGCGUCACCGAUGAAUCAGCCCACAGCGCCAGUGGCGCCAGCUGUGCAAUCAUCGAGUGGUCCGCAACCGCUGCAAGAGGGGGCGAGCGCGACCAAUGGCAUUGGCAUUGUCAGCAGCAAUAGCAAUAUGCCACCUGGCCUCGUCUAUCCGGCUUUGCAUCUGCACCCGGUCAACGAUACAUUUGCGCCGAAGCAGAUCAACCUCGCUCCCCCCGGCCCGCACAAUCGGAUCCGCAUCGGAAGACAGACGAAUGCAAAGACCGUGCCGCAUCCUAGCAAUGGCUACUUUGACAGCAAGGUGCUCAGUAGGAUGCAUGCCGAGGUGUGGAGUCAAGAUGGCAAGGUCUACAUCAAAGAUAUCAAGUCAUCGAACGGGACAUUUAUCAAUGGCGAUCGUCUGUCACCGGAAGCGCAAGAGUCGGAAAUCUAUGAGCUGCACAAUGAAGACCUCGUGGAAUUCGGCAUCGACAUUGUUGGUGAUGAUAACAAGACCAUCAUCCACCACAAGGUCGCCUGCCGCGUCUACCUCGUCAUCACGGCCGAGGACGCACUUGGCAUGCGCAAUGACUUCAAUUCACUCUACCACGGCGGGCAUCGCGCGCCGCUUGGCCAUAACGGCAUCGGACCGGGUGCAGAGGGCGGACUGCGUCGAGGCAAGAAUCAAGGCAUGAGCUUCGAUCAUAUUCUCAGUCGCCUGCAGAACGAGCUGCAGAAGAGCCGGGAGACGGGCAACGAGCUCGGAGGCUUGACCACCACGUUUUCCGAUAUCCAUGACACAUUGGGAGGAGGAUUAGCCCCGACAUCGCAGCCAUCUUAUCAGCACAUGGUACCACCCCUGGUAUCAGAGAGCGACGCGGCGGCCAACAAGGCGGCGAUCGAAGAUGCCAAAAAGCAAUCUGCGCAGGUAGCGGCGCUGCAGACGUCGCUGGUGGAGACGCAGGCUUCGCUCGCCGCGCACGUCGACAAGAUCCGUACGUUGGAAAGCAUGCUAGCGGAGCACGAGCAGAUCAAGGCGGAAGUUGGUCUGCUGAAGUACCAAAUGGAGCUGGCGAAACACGAGGUCGAUGUGAUGAUCCAGUCGCGUCGGGAGGCGGCACCCACUGGCAGAACGUCAACAGCGGCAGGGUCGGACGCAGAGGAGGACUUUGACGAUGGUGCGAGCGUCGCCAGCGUCUACACAGUCACACAGGACACUGCUGGAAACGAGAUGCCAAAACUCCCGAAAGGCGUGGACGAGGUGGAAGGUGUCGCAUUCGAAGCAAAGCAUGCUGCUCCACGCGACCACAUCGGUCCAGCAGCGCCUCCGGACGUCCCACCGCACCUUAUGGCCAAGGGCACGGAGAUUGUCGAUUCGCCUUCUUCCUCUGCUGCGCUUGACGAUCUCACGAAGCAAUUCGAAGCGCGCAACGCAGCACUCGUGCAUCGGCUAGAGUCACUUGAAGGCCAGCUGGAGCAGGCUCUGUCGCUCGGACGCGAUCUGCAGGGCCGGGUGCAGAGCCUGGAAGCGCAAGUUGCAGAGAAGGCCAAGGUGAUCGAGGGCACGGCCAACUCGAUGAAGGCUAUGGAGGGUCGCUGGGCGGAGUGGCGCGAGCAAAUCGAGGAAGGGUGGCGCAGGGAGCGAAAAGGGUGGGAGGAGGAGCGCGAGCACAUCCGCAGCGUCGUGCUGGCGUGGGAUGAGGCGAACAAGAAGCUGGAAGAGGAAGUGGCCAACGCAUCAUGUGCCCCUGGUUCCAGUCUGCGAGCAGGCGGUGGGUCACAGACGCCCUCCUCUGGCGGUGCAGGCAAGAGGCGAGGGAGCAAGAACGCAAAGCGACGGGCUGGGAAGCGACACGUCAACCGCGACUUGCGGGCGCUGCUCUACAAAGCCGACUUCAACCGUGAUGCCAGCACGCUCUUGUCGUCUGAUGAGGCAGAUGACGACGAGGCAGACCACAAGUCUACGUCCACGACGGACCGCAGCACGAGCUCGUCCACCGCUAGCGGGAGCGGCAGCGCCGGGAAAGCGAGCACGACGGCGACGAGCCCGCCGCUAACGGCUAGCAACGCCAGCUCCGGCUCCGAGGAUGGCACGCGAAAUAUCCGCGGGGCCAGUAGCACGGCGAAGAAAGUCGCCAAUUCGCUCUCGCAGAAGCUAGGCAGCAAUGGAGGCGAGGAUGCUCCAACCUUGCCGUUCAUGUUCAAAGACAACGCGGCAGCGUUGCCCUUGCUUACAGCAUGCGGCGUCGUACUGGUCGGCGCGGCAGCGUGGGCUUUCGCCAAAAAGGAGAAGACAUGA